AUGUUUGGAUUCUGCCCGGUGUGCUUCUCCUCUGAAGCCGCGUUGAACGCGACGACGAUGGCAUCUGUGAGAGGUGGUGAUACUGGUGGUGGUGGUAAAAGUGGUGUUUCGAUUUUAAUCGUCGGCGCGGGGCGAUUGGGGACGUGGUUGGCGGUGAAAUUCGCCAAAAAUCAGAAAGACGCUGGCGGGGAAAUGCGAGAGGAGAAUGCGAAGGUGUUUCUGAAAGGCUCGGGACGACGGAAACGAGUUGGCGGUGAUAAAACGAGAGAUAUAGUGGCGAAGUUGGUGGAAGAGCACGAGAUUUCGCACAUCGAGUCGUACGAGGACGAGAGGUUCCAGAAGGUGAUGCGAGAGAAGAAGAAGGGAAAAGAAGAGUUUCGAUUUGAUUACGUUUUCGUGACGGUGAAAACGUACGCGUUUGACAAAGUGGUGGAGGAAAUGACGCGAGCGAAUAUUCCGACGCCAAAAAUAGCCGUCAUGUUGCACAACGGGAUCGUUGAGCCGAUAUUUAAGGGGUUAGGAGACGGGUACGUACCGUGCGUGAUUCCGCAAAGUUACGACUUUGUCGACGCGUCAGACGGGAAAGGCGAGAGGUUUACCAUCAAAGUGAAAAACGAAGAGAAACCGUGGGCGAUGCCGAACACGGACGAGGCGAAGAGAGUGCACGCGCUGUUGACGUCGAUUGGCGCGAACUCGCAACCGGAUGAGGAUUUUGAGUACACUCUGUUGAGGAAAUACUUCAUCAAUUGCGUGGCGAACUUGUUAUCCAUCGUCGGCGACUGCAACUGCGACGGGUUGUUGGAUACGAAAGACUUGCGAACGCGCAUGGAUGUUUUGUACCACGAAAUGUACGCCGCGUUACAACCAUCGCACAAAGAAGGAUUCAAGAAAAUGCCUAAAAAUUUCUACGACGUCGUUUUUUCCGGUUUGCGUACGUACGGCGCGCACUUCCCGAGCACAAAGUUAGAUUUCGACGCCGGCGCGCUUUUAGAAAUCGACUCCUUGAACGGAUACGUAUGCGUUCGCGGUAGAGAGAACGGAACGCCGUGUCUCGAACACGAAAAGUUGAUCCAGGAAGUCCAGCAGCUCGUGAAGCAAAGAGACGACAAAAUGAUGAAGAAAUAA